ACCCGCAGGAAGUAGAUUACUGGACCACCAACACAGGAACAACAGAGUAAACAGACACGUUUAUUCUGUUUUUGGGACGAUAUCUCCACAAGUAUGAAAUGAGACCGUACAGUCAGUGCCUCGCUCGGACGGUGUGGCGCGUCUGUGAUGGUUUCAGCCGCUGUUAUAGGCAUGAAUGAAGGCAGGCAUCCAUGUCCCACCAUGGAGAGGAGAAAAUAACCCCAAAAAGAAGGAAAAGAAGACGCUGCAUUGCUGAGGAAUCUUCAGCCUCUAACUCCGACUGAGGGUCGGCACAUCCGGACGGAGAACCGGAGAGCGACAGAGGGGUGAGGGGCUGGUGCUUAGAAUGGCUUUCCUCGACAACCCCGCCAUCAUCCUGGCCCACAUCCGGCAGUCGCACGUGACCAGCGAUGACACCGGGAUGUGUGAGAUGGUCCUGAUCGACCACGACGUGGAUCUGGAGAAGUGCCAAUCGUCUGCGGCGUCUGCUGGUGGAGGCUCGUCCGGGGGAUCGUAUGGAGACGGCAGCAGUGGAGGAGACGGCCAGAACUGCGAUCUCUCUCAGUCUGUCGACAUCACCUCCAGCUGGGACUUCGGCAUCCGACGGCGCUCCAACACAGCUCAAAGAUUGGAGCGACUGAGGAAAGAACGACAGAACCAGAUCAAGUGCAAAAACAUCCAGUGGAAAGAGAGAAGCUCGUCUCAAUCAGCAGACGACUUGAGCUCACUUUUUGAAAAGAAGGACUUUAAGAACAGGCCCCGGAGCACAGGCAGUAAAUCCACACUCUCGCUGCGGCUAGAACAGUGUCCUCAACAGCUCAACAACCCCUUCAACGAGUACUCCAAAUUUGAUGGCAAGGUGAGCACUUUUGUGUUUAGACUAAGUACUUUACCUCUAAAAUUACAUGCUAGAUUAUCUUUGAAUACUGAGGAAGAAUAUUUUCAUCCAUUAAACAUACUUUCAUUGACAACAGCACUCUUUGAGUUUGAUCUCUCUCUUAUUUUUCUCCUUUCUUACCUCCACAGUGAAAACGUCAACACUUACUGCCUCCACAUCGCUGAGGAUGACGGGGAGGUGGACACAGAUUUCCCUCCGCUGGACUCCAACGAGCCCAUACACAAGUUUGGCUUCAGCACGCUGGCUCUGGUCGAGAAGUUUUCAUCUCUUGGACUGGGGCCCAAACAGUCACUCUUUGUUCGAAUAAACGCCGCUCAUGGUUUCUCCCUGAUCCCAGUGGACAGCCAGAAAGUCACCAUGAAGGAUAUUCUGCAGAAGGCCCUCAAAAAGAGGAAGGGCUCCCAGAAAGGAUCAGGCCCCAUGUAUCGACUGGAGAAGCAAACCGAACCGAAUGUGGCGGUGGAUUUGGACAGUACGCUGGAGAGCCAGGGAACCAUGGAGUUCUGCUUGGUCCGAGAAAACAGUUCUCGAGGCGAGGAGAGCUCAGAGGAGGACCCGCCUAUAGACAUCACUACGGUACAGGACAUGUUGAGCAGCCACCACUACAAGUCCUUCAAGAUCAGCAUGAUCCACAAGCUCCGCUUCACCACAGACGUGCAGCUAGGAAUUUCUGGUGAAAAGGUCGAGAUCGAUCCUGUCACCAAUCAGAAGACAAGCACAAAGUUCUGGAUCCGACAGAAGCCAAUCUCCAUCGACUCGGAUCUGCUGUGUGCCUGUGACCUGGUGGAGGAGAAGAGUCCAAGUCAUGCAAUUUUUAAGCUCACAUAUCUAAGCAACCACGAUUACAAAGCCCUGUACUUUGAGUGUGAUGCUGCUACUGUCAAUGAGAUUGUGCUCAAGGUGAACUACAUCCUGGAGUCCCGUGCCAGCACGUCAAGGGCGGAGUACUUCGCCCAGAAACAACGCAAACUGAACCGUCGCACGAGCUUCAGUUUCCAGAAGGACAAAAAGUCGGGCCAGUAGGGCUGGCGGCCAAACCGAUCAGCAGACUCUGAACCAAACAGCCUGCAUGAACGGAGGCAAAGAGAUAGACAGGAAAAUAUAAAGAAUAGAAGGAUAGCGAGAAGUUUCGACGAAAAUAUGAAGGAAAUGUGAGACAGAUGUCUCAUCCGGAUGGAGAAAUCAGCCUCUCAAGGUCGGCCUUUCCUGGACUGACGGUCCUUAAUCAUAUCAGAGCACUAAUGCUCUCUGCUGUCACUCGAAUGUACUAGCAAAACCAACCAACAAUCUAAUUAAACAAUUGUAUUAACAUUUGAAGCCACAGCCAUCGCCCAGACCAGACAAAACCAUCGGCUGGACUCUGAAUGCCAAGGACCGAGAACUUGCUGCUGUUUGCGUCAAAGACUUACUUCCACUGCCUACAAACCAACUGUACAUAAACGCGCACCAAACGAGCGCAGUCGGAACCUUAAAAGCCAGAAAGAGCAAGCGAACCGUAUUAGCUGUUCCCGUAUGUAUCAAAGACGUUAAACCGAAUCGGACACUAACACGUAAAGGGAUCGCGGGUUUUUUUUUUACGAAAAUGUAAAUAGCAAACGCAUUCAGGGUCUGAUGACAAACCCUCUUUGGCCAUAGUACUUCAGUGCCUGCUACAGAUCAAUACGACAAAUGCGUUCUUCGAGAUUUUAAGCGUCCGCUGGUUAAGUCGGGAAACUCUUUUUACCACCAGAGGAGGUUAACAGUUUAAGGAAUAACUGAUUUUUAAUGAUCAAAUAUGAAAUUAAUAACUACUUUUUACUGUGAUGUGUGUUUUCCCCUCUGCAUUGUAUCUUUGGAUUGCAUAUAUAUACAGUAUAUAUAUAUAUAUAUUAUAUAGUUUCUUUUCGGCGAAUGUUUUGGUUUAUUCUGACUGUCCUCUUGGGCUGCAAUGGGAAUGUAUGACCGUCUCUGCCACAUUUCUUUAUAAAUGUUAAAGAUAACAUUAUUAUACUAGGUUCAUUUCGUCCACGUCCGUCAGCUCGUUCUGCCAUCUCAACCUGAAACUCUCGCUCUAUAACUCCACUUCAAACGCUGCUGUUUUUAAACUUCAGGUUUUUCGUUCUACCCAAAACUGUUCUGACUCAGGUUUCCGACUGCCAUGUUGUCUUGACUGAUCUUUUUUUUUUUUUACGUCUGUCAA